AUGGAAAGUUUUUUCAACUCAACGGGUCCUCCCAUAAGUGUCGACCUUCCCAACAGUUAUGUAGUUGUUCCUUCUAUAUUCUUCUGGAUUCUUACACCUGUUAUAAUCCAUGAUUGUAAAACAAGCCGUCUUAGUCCACUUCCAUGGUCCACGUUAAUGAGUUUGAAAUGGUUUGUUGCCAGCCUGCUGAUCAUUGACCGACUGUUCGUUUUCCUUCUCGCGGUGUGGGAAUCUCUCUUUGAACACAAAAACGUGACCGCUGACCUGUUCAUAUAUCCGUUCUUUCAUUGUUUUACUUUGCUUGCUUUAUUAAUUGCAACAAAUGAAGUACGACGUGCUGGAAUUCACUCUUCUGGACCGUUAUUUUGCAUCUGGAUGCUGUUUGCUAUUUCCGCAGCUCCUGAAUUCUACCAAUGGAUGACUACAGGAAGCCAACCAGAACUUGUUGCCCGAAUCGACUUCUUCCGCUAUGUGGCGUACUUGACGUAUUUUCCCUUGGUGGUCGCCGAAUUUGUACUUCAUUUUGUUUCCGAUCCUUUCCCAAUGCCAAAAUCAUAUCAGAAUUCUAAAUGUCCGGAAGAAAAUGCAAACUUUAUCAGCAGACAACUAUUACUUUGGUUUACACGAAUCAUUGAUUUGGGUAGUAAGAGAACGUUAGAAACGGAAGAUGUUUUUGAACUGGACAGUCAAAUGGAUCAAGAGUAUCUUAAGGCUAGAUGGAAGACCGAGUGGCUGAAACAGUCAGAGAGUGCCCGUGAAAAACAGAUUAAAUUAGAUGAGAAACGCGAAAGAUCAAGAACUGGUAGCGAGAAGGCUCCACUUUUGGGCACUUUCAAUAAUUAUGGUGCUGUGAAUCGUGAUGAUAGUGAUCGUGUGAUUGUCCAACCAUCAGUUAUUGUAACCUUGUGGCAAAUAAUGAAAUGGGAGCUUUUGGGAGGUUCAUUCAUCAAGUUUUUGUCUGAUUUGUUGCAGUUUGCUAACCCGAUGUUUUUAAAUUUUCUCAUCACAUUUAUCGAAACUCCUGAUGCACCUUUGAUCUACGGAAUUGGUCUUGCCGUAGCGAUGUUCUUUGCCGGUCAAGCUAAAUCUCUGUUCAUGAACACAUACUUCAUUGCGAUGACUAGAAUUGGAGCCAAAAUACAGACAAUGUUAAGUUGUGCUGUAUACGAGAAAUCCCUACUUCUUUCGAACACUGCCAGAAGAGAGAGGACGAUUGGAGAAAUGGUCAACAUUCUUUCAAUUGAUGUGGACCGUUUCCGAAUGAUCACUCCACAACUUCAACAGUAUUGGAGCAGUCCGUUCCAAAUUAUUGUUUGUAUGGUUUUACUAUGGCAAACUAUUGGCGUUGCUGUUUGGGCUGGAAUUGUGGUCAUGUUAAGCAUUGUCCCUAUCAACAUUGGUGUAUCUAUCAUUACUAAACGCUGGCAAAUUAGAUUGAUGAAAUACAAAGAUGAAAGAAUCCGUCUGAUUAAUGAAGUAUUGAAUGGCAUCAAAGUAGUGAAAUUGUCUGCUUGGGAAACUGCAAUGGAAGAAACAAUUGAACAAGUGCGAGGCAAAGAGUUGAAAAUGAUCAAGCAAAGUUCUCUCCUCAAAACCUUUGCAGACUGUUUGAACGUGGGAGCUCCAGUUUUUGUAGCCCUCGCAACGUUCACUGUUUUUGUUUUGAUUGAUCCUAAGAACGUUCUAACUCCAAACAUUGCGUUCGUCUCACUGUCAUUGUUCAAUUUGCUUCGUGGACCACUAAUGAUGGCGGCAGAUUUAGUUGCUCAAACGGUGCAACUUGUUGUUUCUAACAAGAGAGUUCGUACUUUCUUGUGUGAGAAAGAAGUUGACCCGACUGCAAUUGACAAGGAGAUCAGAGGAGAAUUGUACUCUAAUACUGUAGAAGUUCACUCUGGCUCAUUUUCAUGGGACCCUACAGAGCCUCGUAUCCUGAGUGACAUUGAACUACUGGUCGGCUCGAAGGAACUUGUUACUAUUGUCGGAUCAGUUGGAAGUGGAAAGUCUAGUCUUCUUCUGGCAGCUCUUGGAGAAAUGGAAAAGAUCUGUGGAUACGUCGGAGUGAGAGGAUCUGUGGCUUAUCUUUCACAACAGCCAUGGAUUUUGAAUCAAUCAUUGAAAAAGAACGUAUUGUACAAAAAAGUUGUGGACGCAUGUGCUCUCAGUGAUGAUUUUAAACAACUUCCCGACGGAGAUGAAACAGAAAUCGGAGAAAAAGGAAUCAAUCUUUCUGGUGGUCAGAAAGCUCGCAUUGCCUUGGCUCGAGCAGUUUACCAAAGCAAAGACGUAUACUUCUUGGACGACCCUCUUUCUGCAGUAGAUGCCCACGUUGGAAAGCACAUAUUCGAUAAUAUCAUUGGUCCAAAUGGAAUGUUGUCUCACACUACAAGACUUCUCGUCACAAACUGCACUUCCUUUUUACAAGAGUCUGGAAAAAUUAUUGUCAUGAAAGAUGGUCGGAUCAUUCACUGUGGAACAUAUGAUGAAUUGUUAGCUGAUGAUGAGGCAAGAGAAUAUCUUCAAGAAGUGGACAAUGAGUACGCGCAGGCUCAGGAGUCAGAGGAAGAAGAAAGUGGCGAUGAAGUGGAAGAUCAGUUGCCAGCAGCAAUCGGUUCUAGUAGCAGAAUGUCCAGACUCUCCAAACUUUCCAAAGUAUCAAGAAAGAAGUCAAAGUCGAGUAUUCUUGAGAGAAAGAAACCUGACGUACUGAUCACCAAAGAAGAAGCGGCUAUUGGUAGAGUGAAACCUGGAAUCUAUAUGCUGUAUUUCAAAUCGAUGGGACUAUUGAAAUACGUGCUACCAUAUUUUAUUGCUGUGGUUCUAAAUAUUUCAUUUGCAAUGGGAAGAAGUUUGUGGCUUACUGCAUGGUCUGACGCAAACAUUGAUGUGACACAUCCGGAUACGUUGUCAGUUGGAGUCCGACUAGGUGUAUAUGCAGCAUUUGGAGUAACUGAAGUGUUUUUCUUAUUCUUCUCACUUUCCUUGCUACUUCUCGGUGGUGUUGCUGCAUCUAGAAAUCUUCACAGACCACUUCUUCAUAACGUUUUGAGAAAUCCUCUGUCAUACUUUGAUGUCACUCCAAUUGGUAGAAUCAUCAACAGACUCGCUAAGGACAUGGAAGUUGUGGAUCUUCGUCUUAGCAGCUCAUUCAGAUUUUUAGUCAUCUCUUUCAUGAACAUGUUCCAGACUGUAAUCAUCGUCACUUACACAACUCCAUUGUUCAUUGUCAUCAUCAUUCCAGUAUACAUAAUUUACUACUACGUACUCAAGUACUCCAUCAAGAGUACUCGUCAACUUCAGAGAAUUGCAUCUGUCACUCGUUCUCCAAUAUUCUCAAAUUUCUCUGAAACUUUGCAAGGUAUAUCAACAGUAAGAGCUUUCCAAUGGAACGAUGAGUUUAUCAGAAGAAAUGAUGUUCAUUUGAACACUCAUGUUAGAUGUAAUUAUUACUCCCAAAUGUCUAACCGUUGGUUGUCAAUUAGACUCGAGUUGCUGGGAAACAUUGUUAUUUUUGCUGCAUCGAUACUUGCAAUUUUGGGUAAAGAGUCUGGCCUCACUGCCGGUAUGCUCGGUCUAUCGGUUUCUUACAGUUUGAACAUCACUUUUAUGCUGAACAUGUUUGUAAGAACUAUCAACGAUGUAGAGACAAAUGUUGUAUCGGUGGAAAGAAUCGAUGAGUACAGCAAAACCAAAAACGAGGCAUCAUGGCGUAUGGAAGGCUACAAUCUCCCACAGGCGUGGCCAAUUGGUGGAGCUGUAAAUAUUGAAGAUUAUUCCUGUAGAUAUCGUGAUGAAUUGGAUUUGGUAUUGAAACAGAUCAGUCUCAACAUCCUUCCCGGACAAAAAGUUGGAGUUUGUGGUAGAACUGGAGCAGGAAAAUCUUCAUUGGCUCUGGCUCUGUUCCGAAUUGUUGAGGCAGCAGAAGGACAUAUUUCUAUUGACCAAACCAUCACUUCACACAUCGGACUUCACGACCUUAGAGAAAAGUUGACUAUUAUUCCACAAGAAAAUGUACUGUUUGCCAAUACAUUGAGAUUCAAUAUUGACCCGAAAGGGCAAUUCAGUGACCAACAACUUUGGGCUGCGCUAGAAAACUCAAACUUGAAAGCACACGUAGAACUUUUGCCACAAAAGCUCGAGAGUCAAGUUGCAGAGGGUGGUGAAAACUUCAGUGUCGGACAGCGUCAACUGUUAUGUCUUACACGAGCACUUCUUAGAAAAUCCAAAGUACUUGUUUUGGAUGAAGCCACUGCCGGCAUUGACAACAGAACGGAUGCCAUGGUUCAAGCUACAAUCAGAGAAAAGUUUGCGGACUCAACCAUCAUCACUAUUGCUCACAGAUUACAUACAAUCAUGGAUUAUGACAGAAUCAUUGUAAUGGAAGCUGGAAGAAUUGUGGAAGAUGGUAUUCCUGCGGAACUACUCAAAAACAAAAACUCAAAAUUCUAUGGUCUCGCUAAAUCAGCUAAAAUCGUCGGUUGA